AGCCGUGUUUUUUCGAGCCUCUGCAUGGGAAGGCAGAGGCGGCCAUGGGCUUGCGCGCCUGACCCGCCGCGGGAAGCCGAGCCGCCUCGCAUGUGCUCUGGAGGGCGAAUUCGCCAACAUGCCGCACGGGUCGAUCGAGUCCAUCAACGACGCCAACCCGCUGCGGAAGAGUAUUCCAUCCGAGGUCAUCCGGCGGCAGCGUGCGCCGGAGCCGAGGGAGCCGGUGGUGGAGGACGGCGCGCGGGGCCGCCGCGCGACGACCGGCGGCGCGCCCGUGCCUGGUGGAGACCGAUGGAUUGUGGCUGCUGUAGACCUGCGGGGAGGUCACCGUUCUUGAGGCUGGCCCUCUGGCAAGGCCGCUCCUUUGACCAGACCCGGCCCUCGCCUUCUCAGACAUCCUGGGCAUGCGCAGGCAUUCGGCGCCCCCGGUGUCGAGGCGGCUGUCCCUGCUGGCGGCAUGACCUCGGCCACGAGGGCCUCGAAGCGGCGCGAUGCGGGUGUUUCCUGCAAGUCGCUAGAGCUACUGACUGCGCCGCGCCUCGGGGCCCGCGAGAGCACCCAGCCCCCAAGACCUCCAGGCGUCGC